AAGCGCUCUUUUAUCCUCACACGCUCACAGUAGAUUUUAUUCGUCUGGCAGAAAAAUGGGAGAAUCCUGUUGACACCACGGAGAGAUACACGCUGAGACCGACUAUGGCUGUGGACGCGGCGUCCAGCUUCAGUUUUUGCCGUGCCUCCCUGGAGCACACGGUGUCUGCUGAGGAGCUGAGCUACCAGCUGCCGCACCGCGCUGGAGGCAGCAACCUGACCUGGCACGACGGCCGCGGCCAGAAGACAGCACACACACGCACCGUCAAACUACUGCAGCAGCCCGGCACAGAGGGCAUCCAGUUGCGCCCGGGUGAAGCCUUCACUGUGUAUCACACCAGUCCUACGCUGUCCAGUCUGUCCAAACCUGUGGUGCUGUGGACUCAACAGGACGUCUGCAAGUGGCUUAAGAAACACUGUCCUCACAACUACCUAACCUAUGUAGAGGCCUUCUCUCAUCACGCCAUCACAGGACGGGCAUUGCUGCGUUUGAACGGGGAGAAGCUAGAGAGAAUGGGAAUCGUCCAGGAGACUCUGAGGCAGGAGGUCCUCCAACAAGUCCUCCAACUGCAGGUCAGAGAAGAGGUCCGCAACCUGCAGCUCCUUAGCAGAACCUCCUUUGGAAACUUCUCUUAGCUCAUCCCUG